AUGCUAUAUGUAAUUAUUGCUACUGCGAUUGUUGUUAUGGGAUUAUAUACUUACAAACGCACAUCAAAUAAAGUUGUUUUCCCUUUUGACCGCUUCCUGAAUAAACAGUCUGCAGCUAUCGAUUGUGAAGGAAACACUCGCACAUGCAUUGUUAAUGAUACUAUUCCAGACAUAUGUGCCAAUCUAUCCACUGUUUGUGAAGUUUUUCUAUCUGGGUUGAAUUUUUCAAAUGAUUCAGCUUGUUUGGGUUGGCGUGAAAACUGUGAUCAGGAUUACAAGUGGAUUACAUAUAAACAAGUGAAUGAUAAAGUCUGUGUCAUACGAUCUGCUCUCCAUGCACUAAAAAAUAGAGGUUCGUAUGAAAAUACGUUUGUCGGUAUUUCAUCGAAAAAUUCACCGCAAUGGAUAAUGACUGAACUGGCUUGUACAUUCUCUGGUUAUACUAUUGUACCGUUGUAUGAUACUUUAGGCGAGGAAGCUAUUUUAACCAUACUUAAACAAACUAAGCUCCAGAUAAUGUUUUGUGACUCGAUUGAAGUGGUACAAAAUCUUAUCACAUCCGCGCCCGACACCUUACAACACAUUAUCUUAUUUCCUACUUUGUCUACAAAUACAAAGUAUACAUCCUUUUCAGCAGUUAACAGUAAGGUGAAAAUUUAUACGUAUGAGGAAUUCUUAGAGUUUAGUACUGGUGAGCUCAUUUGCACUGAAACUCCAAAACCGGAGAGUUUAUUUAUGGUUUGUUAUACAAGCGGAAGUACAGGCAUACCAAAAGGAGUGAAAAUCACACAUCAAUGUAUUGUGAAAACCAUUCAAAGUUUAUUUCAACGACUUGAAGGAAACAUCUUCAAUAAUGAUGCUUCACACUUAUCUUAUCUACCCUUGGCUCAUGUAAUGGAACAGUUGAUUUCUCUAUCUACUCUUUUGGUUGGCGCGAGAAUCGGUUUUCUGACCAAAAAUGUUCAAGGAUUACUAGCCGAUUUACAAGCAGUUAAACCGCACUACUUUUUCACUGUUCCUCGUGUUUUAUCUCGAUUGUAUUCUGUUACAAUGGCGAAGGUCUCGUCUGUUCCUUUACUAACUAACAUAUUCAAUUAUGCAGUUGAAUCGAAAGUUGCAGAACAGGAAAAAAAUAUUUACAACAAUUCAACUAUUUGGGACUUUAUUUUCUUCAAUAAAAUUAGACGAACUUUAGGUGGUCGUGUCAAGGUGAUAGUCUCUGGUAGUGCUCCUAUUACGAGUGAAAUUUUACGUUUUACUCGGGGAGUUUUUGGCUGUCCAGUAGUAGUUGGCUACGGUUUGAGUGAAUCAUGUGGUGUUGUUAGUAUUACACUGUUCGGCGAUAAAAAUCUGGAUCAUGUAGGUGCACUUAUUCCAGGAGUUUCAGCCAAACUGGUAGAUGUACCUUGUAUGGGUAUCAGUGUUGAAAAGAUGAAAAUGGGUGAAGUGUGUAUCAAAGGCCCAAAUUGUACUCAAGGCUAUUACGAAGAUGAAGAAACUACAAAACAGCUCAUUGAUAAAGAUGGCUGGUUGCAUACUGGUGAUAUCGGUACUUGGACGAAAGAAGGUGCUUUAAAAAUUGUCGACAGAUGUAAAAAUAUAUUUAAAUUAUCACAAGGUGAAUAUAUCGCACCAGAGAGAUUAGAAAAUAUCUACCUACUAUGUCCAUUGAUUGAACAAAUCUUUGUUGAUGGCAAUUCACUUUACGAUUUCCCAAUAGCUGUAGUUGUACCAAAUAUUAAAGAGUUGACAAAACGUAUUCUGGAUACGCCGAAUUCUAAAUUUUCAUCGUUGUAUAACGGUAAUGUAGAAGAGAUCAGUCUAUUGAAACGCAGCUUGAAUGAUUCCGUUGCAUCGGCAGAUACGUCAGCAUUAUGCUCACAAUCUGCCGCACGUAAGAUUAUUCUUUCAGAGUUGGAAAAUUUGGGAAGGAAAGAAGGAUUAAAAGGAUUUGAGAUAAUUAAACGUGUUUACCUAUCACCGAUCCCAUUCACCGUGGAAAAUGGUUUACUUACUGCCAAUUUGAAACUAGCGAGAUCUCAACUACGAAAAGAAUUUUCAGACCGAUUACCUUUGCUUUACGAAGAAGCUCAGAUGUAA